AUGCCAUUAAAAUAUUCAAUUUUAUUGCCGACGUAUAAUGAAAAAGACAAUUUACCUGUUAUAGUUUAUCUAAUCCACAAAUACUUGGAAAUUAGUGAGAUUGAGUAUGAAAUAAUUAUAAUAGACGAUGGCAGCCCUGAUGGUACUUUAGAAGUUGCCAAACAACUUGAAACCAUUUAUGGAAAAGAUAAAAUAUUAUUAAGACCCAGAGGAAAAAAACUUGGAUUAGGCACGGCAUAUAUUCAUGGAAUGAAACAUGCCACUGGGGAUUUUAUUAUUAUAAUGGAUGCUGAUCUGUCACAUCAUCCAAAAUUUAUACUUGAUUUUAUAAAAAAACAAACUGAACAAGAUUAUGAUGUUGUCACUGGAUCACGGUAUAUUGGCAAUGGAGGAGUUUCAGGUUGGGAUUUUAAAAGAAAAUUAGUAAGUCGUGGUGCCAAUUUUGUUAGCCAAAUAUUAUUGAGACCCAAAGUAUCUGAUCUCACUGGUAGUUUUAGAUUGUAUAAAAAGCCAGUUUUGGAGAAAUUGAUAGAAUCAUGCAUUUCAAAAGGAUAUGUAUUCCAAAUGGAGAUGAUGGUACGUGCAAGGCAAUUAAAUUAUACUAUUGGUGAAGUUCCAAUAACUUUUGUUGACAGAGUUUAUGGGGAGUCUAAAUUAGGAGGAUCAGAAAUUUUUCAGUUUGUAAAGUCUCUGUUGUAUUUAUUUGCCACUACAUAAAAUCUUUCAGUUUAAAGAUAUUAUAAUAUAUAAUAUAUAUAUACUAAUCAUUUGCCAAUAUUCUAAAAGGAAUAACAUUGGUUAAUGUUUAUUAAUGUUGUUGUUUUAAGCUGUUAAGAACUAAUUAUGAUUAAUUUUUAGUCCUCAACAGUUGAUAUUCUAUUUAUUUUUAGAUAUUUCUUCUAUUUUCUAAGUUAUUAUGGCAUAACAUACUAAUG